AUGGAUUUUAUUCAAAGUAUAUUAUCAUUAAUUGGUAAUAUUGGGAUAGUGGCAUUAAUGUUAACAAUUGCAAUUUUAGGAUUGCUGUACUGGCAACAAAACUCAUUAAUAUAUUUACCAUGUUUAAAUUUGUUACUAAUUUUUAAAGCUUGUUAAGGAUUACCCUAAAGUCCUAGUUAAAAUAUGAACGGACUCAGGAAUCCAUCUGAUAGAAAUUUAUAAUACUAAGAUGUAGAGAUUGGAACCCUUGAUAGAUAAAAAUUGAAAGGAUGGUUGAUAAAAUAAUAGAAUAGUCAUAAUGUCCCUACUGUAAUUUUCUUACAUGAAAAUGCUGGAAGUAUUUCAACAAUUAAUAUUUCUUAUAGAUAUUGGUACUAGAUUGUAGUUUUUAGAAUAAUAUUUUACUCAUGUGAAAUGCAACAUAUUGAUUGUUGCUUAUAGAGGAUAUUCAGAUAGUACAGGAAAACCUUCAGAAUAGGGACUUAAAUUAGAUGGAGAAUCUAUUGUUAAUUAUUUAUUUCACAGAGAUGAUAUAGAUCCUACAAAAAUAUUUGUACAUGGUAAAUCUUUGGGUGGUGCUGUUGCUAUUCAUGCAAUGACUUAAAAUAUUGCAAGAGGAGUUAGAGGUUUAAUAUUAGAAAAUACUUUCACAUCUAUUGAUGAUAUGGUGGAUAUCAUUUUUCCUAAAUUAAAACUAUUUAAAUCUUUUCUUCUAAAGAAUCAUUGGUUGUCUAUUUAAAAAAUUGGGUAAAUUACAUAACCAAUAUUUUUUAUUUAUUGUAAAUUAUUUUGAUUUAAUUUUUAAGCUAUGAAAGAUGAAAUUGUACCAGUUUAACAUAUGGCUGCUUUAUAAAGUUCAGCCUAAAGAGCAGAAUUUAUUGAUAAAGUAUUUAAAUUUAUUAUUAAUAAGUUUGUAAUUGAGGAUGGAGAUCAUAAUACUAAUUGGUCUAGAGAACCUGAAAAAUACUUUAAUUCAAUUUAAAAUUUUAUCAAUAAAGUUAUUACAUGA